CUGGGGCAGCGCGGUGGGGACCUUGAGGGUGGCUGGGCCAGUUUUGGAUCCUGCGGGGAGCGGGGAACCGAAGGUAGCGACGCCGAGGGAGCGGGCACACCACGGAGGGAGAGACGAGGUCCGAAAACCCGGCAGCGCUUUUACGCACGGCUGCCAACUGGCUGCUGCCGACCGUCUCCAGUUCCCGAGGACGCGCGACCGGACACCGGGUCCCGCCGCAGCCGAGGACAGCUCGCCGCUCGCCGCAGCGAGGCCCGGGGCGGCCCUUCAGGGGGACCUUUCCCAGACCGCCCGGAUGUGCACGAAAAUGGAACAGCCUUUCUACCACGACGACUCAUACGCAGCGGCGGGAUACGGUCGAACCCCUGGCAGUUUGUCUCUACACGACUACAAACUCCUGAAACCAACCUUGGCGCUCAACCUGGCGGAUCCCUAUCGGGGUCUCAAGGGCCCCGGAGCGCGCGGCCCGGGCCCAGAGGGCAGUGGGGCAGGCAGCUACUUUUCGGGUCAGGGAUCAGACACAGGCGCGUCUCUGAAGCUCGCCUCCACGGAACUGGAGCGUUUGAUCGUCCCCAACAGCAACGGCGUGAUCACGACGACGCCCACGCCUCCGGGACAGUACUUUUACCCCCGUGGGGGUGGCAGCGGUGGAGGUACAGGGGGUGGCGUCACCGAGGAGCAGGAGGGCUUUGCGGACGGCUUUGUCAAAGCCCUGGACGACCUGCACAAGAUGAACCACGUGACGCCCCCCAACGUGUCCCUGGGCGCCAGCGGGGGUCCCCAGGCCGGGCCAGGGGGCGUCUACGCUGGUCCGGAGCCGCCUCCCGUCUACACCAACCUCAGCAGUUAUUCCCCAGCCUCUGCAUCCUCUGGAGGCGCCGGGGCCGCUGUCGGGACUGGGAGCUCGUACCCGACGGCCACCAUCAGCUACCUCCCACAUGCACCACCCUUUGCGGGCGGCCACCCGGCGCAGCUGGGCUUGGGUCGCGGCGCCUCCGCCUUUAAAGAGGAACCGCAGACCGUCCCAGAGGCACGCAGCCGCGACGCCACGCCGCCGGUGUCCCCCAUCAACAUGGAAGACCAGGAGCGCAUCAAAGUGGAGCGAAAGCGGCUGCGGAACAGGCUGGCGGCCACCAAGUGCCGGAAGCGGAAGCUGGAGCGCAUCGCGCGCCUGGAGGACAAGGUGAAGACGCUGAAGGCUGAGAACGCGGGGCUGUCGAGUACUGCGGGCCUCCUACGGGAGCAAGUGGCCCAGCUCAAGCAGAAGGUCAUGACCCACGUCAGCAACGGCUGCCAGCUACUGCUGGGGGUCAAAGGACACGCCUUCUGAGCGCCUCCCUCGCUCCUCACGGACACCCCCAGCCCGAAAGGCUGGGCGCCCGCCCCCCACUGGGGUGAGGGGGGCAGGCGAUGGGCAUCCGCCCGGAGGCCUGGGGCGCCGCACACACACUGGACUCUGGCUCGCCCGCCUGCGCCCAGUCCCUUCACCUCGACGUUUACAUGCCUUUCCUCCCCCCCCCCCCCGCUGUCACCGUAUUUUGUAUGUCUUUUUUUUUUCUGGGAAGAGACCGAAUUCAUAUUGAAUAUAAUAUAUUUGUGUAUUUAACAGGGAGGGAGAAGGGGGCUAUCGCGGCGGAGCUGGCCCCGCCGCCUGGUACUCAGCCUGCCGGGACACUAGGAAGGGACCUCCGCCCCCUGCCCUCCCCCUCUGCACAGUACUGUGGAGAAGAAACACGCACUUCGUGUCUAAGAGUCUAUUUUAAGAUGUGUUUGUGUGUGUGUUUGACUUUUUAUUGAAUCUAUUUAAGUAAAAAAAAUUGUCUUUAUUAA